UUACAGGCUUCCUACGAGAGAGAAAAUGGAAACCUGAGGUCGCACCGAGCUAACUCUCAAUCCCUUCAAAAUAGUCUCAAAACAACACCCAUCUCCUCCGAUUUCACAGUGUUUCUACCGUCACCGAAAAAGCAAUUGGAUCUUGUUGGAAGUUGGAGAGCACCCCGUAGAGCUCCCUCCCUUCUGAUUCAAUGGAAGGGUCUGACGGUGUUGAGCCGGGUAGCAGUGACCAGCCAGAGUCACAGCGCAGGAGGCAGCUGGAUCGCCUUGACAGAGAGGAGGCCUUCUACCAGUUUGUCAAUAAUCUCAGCGAGGAGGACUAUCGUCUUAUGAGAGACAACAAUCUUUUGGGCAAUCCAGGGGAGUUAACGGAAGAUGAGCUGAUUAGUAGACUGCAUCAAAUCAAAGAAGGCCCAGAGCAGCAGAAUAACAACCCUAGUACUGAAAAUAGCGAAGAUCCACCUGAGCAACCAGAGGCCUCUGAGGAUCCUGCUGGUGGGGAUAGUCUCCUGGACUGGCUAAACACGGUCCGACGCACAGGCAACACAACCAGAACUGGUCAUCGUGGAAACCAGUCCUGGAGGGCUGUGAGCCAGACCAACCCAAAUAGUGGUGAUUUUCGCUUUAGCUUGGAAAUAAGUGUGAACCGCAACCUGGCUGAACAGCAGGCUGCCGCUGAAGGAGAGCAGGAACCUUCUGAACAGCCUCCCGAGGCUGAAGAGGGCAUCGCAAAUCCUGAACCACCGGUUCCUAUGGAGACGGAGGUGGUUGAAGAACCGGUUGUAGAAGAAUUGGCUGUCAUUGUGGAGCCUGAGCCGGAGCCAGUGCCGGAACCAGAGCCGGAGGCAGAGCCAGAACCAGAACCGGAGCCGGAACCGGAGCCGGAGGCAGAGCUUGAACCGGAGCCAGAACCGGAACCAGAGCCAGAGGCAGAGCCGGAGCCGGAGCCGGAACCAGAGCCGGAACCAGAGCAACUGCCAGAACCAGAGCCAGUGCCAGAUCCGGAGCCGGAGCCAGAGCCAGAACUAGAAGAGGUUGUUUCACCAGAAGUCGUGGAGGAACCUCCCAGCCCACCUGUAGCCCUGCCAGUUCAACCCCCACCGUGUUCUUCUCCACGCCGAGGUCAAAGGAGAGCCCGCAGCCGCAGUCCAGAGCCACGCAGGACUAGGGCUCGUAUUGCCAGGAGCCGCUCCCCCCUCAACUUGGAUCAACUUGAUGGUCUACCGAGCCCACGGCAUUCUUAUAGCGCCCAGAGCCCUAGUUCUUCCACCAAUACCACACCUGUGCUUCAAGUGGAGGGCAGUUCACGGACUCGACAACAUGUUCUUUCUCGGCAAAGCACAGCAGAUGGUGAUGCUCAGUCACCUAGAGCUGGUGCCGAAUCAGUUCCAGAGGCCCCAAAUGUAGGAUCUCAGGAAGGAGACGCUGCUGGGGCUGAGGGGGGUUCAGCAGAGCGCCGGCCCCCUACUAUAAUGCUUGAUCUCCAGGUGCGUCGCGUGCGUCCAGGCGAAUAUCGGCAAAGAGACAGCAUUGCCAGUCGAACCCGGUCUCGCUCCCAGAACUCAAACAACACAUUUCUUUAUGAGAGUGAGCGUGGCGGAUUUCGUAGGACUUUCUCCCGAUCGGAGCGUGCUGGCGUGAGGACCUAUGUCAGCACUAUUCGUAUCCCUAUCCGAAGAAUCUCUGAUGCAGGUUUGGGAGAAGCAACCUCAAUGGCUCUCCAGUCUAUGAUUAGGCAGAUAAUGACAGGCUUUGGUGAGCUCGGCUACCUCAUGGACUCAGACUCAGAUUCUUCCGAUUCAAAUCGCGGAGCCAGCACACCUGCAGACUUGCAAACCCUCAACAAUCCAGAUGGUAAUAAUGCUGACGCCUCAACUGCUGAUGUUGAUGAGCAGCCAGUUGUUGCUGGAGUAAGGGAAAGGACGGUUGAGACUGAUACGAAUGAGAGCCUUGCCACCGGGUCAUCACCCUCUGGUGGUCGGGCUCGCCCGAGACCACCUAUCAGCCUAGAGGAGCCCAGCUCACUGCCCUUCCUGCGGCUUGCUCACUUCUUCCUCCUCAACGAUGAUGAUGAGGACCAGCCCCAGGGGCUGACCAAAGAACAGAUUGACAACCUCUCCAUGCGCAAUUUUGGUGAGAGUGAUGCGCUGAAGACCUGUAGUGUCUGCAUAACAGAGUAUGCAGAAGGGAACAAGCUACGUAAGCUUCCCUGCUCUCAUGAAUACCAUGUGCACUGCAUAGAUCGCUGGCUUUCUGAAAACUCCACUUGCCCCAUCUGCCGCAGGGCUGUCCUGGUGUCAGCCAACCGAGAGAGUGUGGUGUAACGCUGACUCGGAGGAACCCCCCACCACCCCUAAAUUAAGUAAAUGUCCAAGUCAUAGAAGAUGCAUCGAGAACAUGUGUCUGGACUUUUGAAAUGUAUUUCCUCCAUGCCAUUAGUAGGUUUGAUUCCAACACCACAGACUUAAUUUAGGGUGAUCCAUAACAUAACAUCAAUACUUAUUCGGCCCCUAGUUAGGAGUUUACUAUUGCUGUCCAGAAGGGGCACAGAGCAAUGCAUGCUGCUGAUCAACUUAUAGUGACCAUGCAGUGUUGCAUUGCAUCAAAUCAUUCCCACAAUCAGGCCUAUAUCUCAUAAACAAUCCUCUGAUUAUAAACGCUGCAUACUUCCAGGUAGUUUAGGCACUACAGAUCUAUUCUUUUAUGUCAAAUCCUAAAUGUCGCCUUAUAUACCACAAGUUGGAUAAAGGUACAAUCUUUAUUUACACGAGGUUUGAAGUAUUAGCUGUAAAUAAGCUUGUAAAAUAAGUUUGAAUCAUACUCUGUACCAGUGAAAUCGUUUUGGAAUGCAAACAUUCUCAUAUGAAGAUCUGAGUUAUGCUCUCUGCAUUUACUGAAAGCUUUCGUAACUUUACGAGAGAGUGGUAACGAUGUGCAUUGCUGGGUUGUGUAGAGAUUAUGUCCAAAGGAUGUGGCACAUACAUCAGGUUUGCAAUCUACAGUCUAAAUUUUACUUUCCUUUUUAGUUUACAUAACAGACAAGCUGCUUUCUUUGAGUGGAAUUUACCCAUGAAACUGUAAGUGAGCACCAAAGACUUUGGUGGGGGUGGUGGCAGGAAUUUAAAGAAAUGACUGUGGUACUGGUAUAUGGAAAACAAAUUCAACUUUUCAACCUUUGGAGUACUGUAGUGUUUAAUGUUAUAAUUUGAUAAAAGAAAAAUAAGAAAUAGGGGUGUCUCAGAUGUGGACUUGCCAUGAUGCUAUCAAUUUUCAGUUGGGGCCUUUUUUAUUUUUCAUUUUAUUCUUCUCUAGUUUUGUGUAUAGUUCUCUCACAGUCACAUCAAAUCAUCUGCCACCUGCCAGCUGGUUUUAUGUUUUCCUGUUGAUUUACCUACUUAACCCCAACCAGAAUAGAUCUAUUAAACACGAUACUGCUUAAUUUAUUCAUCCAGAUGUUGACUGUCAGACACUUAUCAAGCCUGGAGAAAUGCAUUCUUUUUUUUUUUUUAUUCUAAGCUUCAGUAGAAAGUACAGACAUUUGUCCAACGUGCCCUCUUACUGCCUCAUGAGCAAUGCUCCAAAUGUGUGCAAUACAUGCAAAAGUUACAAGUAGAAGUACAAACCAUGAUAUAAAUGUAUACUGUUGUUAAAAACGGUUGUUUAUGGCUGUCUAAAAUCUUAAAUGAAGACCUAAUACCCUUUUACAGUAUGUGUUGAAUUUCUUUUGACUUAGAAUUUCUGUAGGUUUUAUUAGCACUGUUGAAGAACAGGAACACUGGCUAAAACAAAGAAAGGGUAUCACUUUUAAUGCCAUCCUGUCAUAUUUCUUGUUUCACUGUUUGAUGUCUUAGCCACAAUUACGACAUCCCUUUUUGGGACUUAAAAGUUUGAAUGCAAGAUUUUUUUUUUUUUUUUUUUUUGAAUAUCAUAAACAUGUAAAUGUAUGUCUUCACUGAGGUCAAGUUUAGGUUUGACCCCGUUCUGUGAUCCACCCAGUGCAGUAUGUUUACUGGGUGUUAAAUGAAACUAACCGCUCAAUUAAACAAGUUGUUAUGCUUUGAAA